UUUGGUGUGAGUUGGCUGGGAACUGUCAGGGUUAUCUGUGAAGAAGAGAAGAUUUGAAUGAUACCAGCUUUAUAACCAUUGGCACCAUGGUUAAGAACUAGUUGUGGACUGUGGAUUAUAACAUCACAGAAAAGUAAAUCCUGAUUUUACAGAAGAAAACAAUCAUGGCGGUCCACCUGCCACCUGUGUGAUUACAAGUCCAAGACCUGGGAUGAUUCUUCCUAACUGACUCCUACAAGCCUGCAGCUAUUAACAAUGUUCUCCCCCGCAAAGAACAGUCUCCCCUCCCCAAGCCUGGAGGACUCCUUCUUCCCUCUGUCCUCGUCAUCCUCGGUUUCACUCUCUUUCGCUCUCCCCUCAUCCUCAUCGUCUCCUGGCAGCAGUGACAGCGGAGGAGGGAUAGAGACGGACCUGAUGCUCGCUGCAGAGCUGGGACAGGCUCUACUGGAGAAGAAUGAGGAGCUGGCAGCCUCUCUGGAGCAGAGGGAGAGGGAGCUGGAGGCUUUGCAGCAGGAGAAGCAUGUUCUGCACAGGAAGCUGGAGAUGAAUGAACUGGCAUCUGGGCAGAGAGAGGCCGAGCUGACUGCAGAUUUAGCCGCCUUGAGGGUCGAGCUGGAGCGACAUCACAGCCAGGGGCGCGACCGGCGAAGGGAUGAGAGCGAACAGCUGACUCAAUUAGCCAACCAUAACCAACGUUUGGUGGAGCAGCUAGCAGAGGCUGUGACACUGGAACACUCCUUGAGGACUGAACUCCGUUCCAUCAGAGAAGAGAUGGACGAAUCAUCUUUCAGCCGAAAUAUCAACGUCACACAAUUGGAGAACAUUCAAGCAGAGAACAGAGUUUUGCUGGGGCGGCUCUCACACAUGGAGGUCCAACUAAAAGCUUCACAGGAGGACAGUGACAGACUCCGCUUGGAGAGAGACAGACUGAGAGACAGAGUGUCAGAGCUGCAGAUGAAGCUGAAAGAGCAAGAAGCAGAGAUAGAGCAGGAGCAGGGAGUGGUGUUUGAGUUGCGAACCGUGAAUCGCUCUCUACAGAAAAAAGCUCUGAACCUGGGAGAAGAGAGCAUUCUGGACAGCACACAAACACAACCUUUGUCUCUGCAUAGUGAAAUUCAGCAAUCAGAGGCUAAAGAGGCUCUUCUGGCUCACUCCACAGUCUUGCAAGCAAAAGAUGAAGAGAUACAAGCGCUCAGAGAGGAGCUGAAAUGUCAAAGAGAAGAGCUGGAGUCUUUGCAUCAGGAAACCGAGCCAUUCAGAAGUCGUCCUGGGCAGCCGAGCUACAGUUCCUUAGAGAGUGAACUGGCCAUGGUUCGUCAGGAGAAAGACUCACUAACUCAGCAACUUCUCAACACUAUCAAACACAAGGUGGCGCUGUCUCAGGAGCUCGAGGCCUGGCAGGAGGACAUGCGGUUGGUGAUAAAUCAGCAGGUGCAGCAGAGGGAGGAGGACAGGCAGAGGGAAAAACAGCGAGAAAAGGAAAAAACAGUGGGACUCCAAAGAAGCAAGUCUUUGAAAUUAAAGGGAGAGGGAGGGAAAGGAUUCUUCUCUUCUCUUUUCAAAGAGAAAUAAUAGAGACAUGUG